AUGGAGACAGCAGAAGAAGAUAACUUAUGUUUUCCACAAAUGCUCAAUGUUUCUUGUAAAAGGAUUGUCCGGCCUUACUUCACUGCUAUGCUAAUUCACACUCUUCUAUAUCUUCUUUCAUUGGUGACUACUGUUUUCAACCUGCUCGUUAUCAUUUCAAUCGCACACUACAAACAGCUCCACACUCCAACCAACUUCCUUAUCCUGUCAUUGGCGGCGUCUGACUUCUGUGUGGGACUUCUUAUGUUCUUUCAAAUUCUGUUUGUUGACGGAUGCUGGCUGCUUGGCGAUGCAGUGUGUAUUGUGUAUCAGCUUGUGUCAUACAUUGUUACCAGUGCUUCAUUGGGGACUAUAGUGCUUAUAUCAGUAGAGCGUUACAUUGCCAUUUGCCAGCCUCUACAUUACCAUACUAAAGUCACUGACAAUAGAGUUAGAUUCUGUGUAUGUCUUUCCUGGUUUUGCUCAACGCUUUAUAACGUAAUAGUGCUUAAAGACAGUGUGACACAAAUGGGAAGCUUUAACAGUUGCUAUGGGGAGUGUGGGGCUGCUAUUAAUUACUUUGUGGGUAUAAUUGACAUCUUAGUUUCAUUUCUUAUUCCAGUUACUGCCAUAUCUGUUUUAUAUAUAAGAGUAUUCAUUGCUGUUUUGACCCAGGUUCGGGCCAUGCGCUCCCACAUUACAGGCGCAAAAUCCCACAGAGCAGUAUUGGCAAAUAAAUCAGAACUAAAGGCUGCCAGGACAUUAGGCAUCAUCAUUGUGAUGUUUAUUAUAUGUCUGUGUCCGUAUUACAUUUUGAUAAUAGGACAGGAUACACUGUUCAGCACUAUUAUAUAUCUCAUUUACUUUAACUCUUGCUUAAAUCCAGUCAUCUAUACUUUUUGUUACCCCUGGUUUAGAAAAUGCCUAAAAUAUAUUGUCACACUUCAGAUACUGCAGCCUGGCUCCAGUAAGACCUGCAUACUGUCCAGUGAUAAAUAA